AGUGUGAUUGCGUUAAUAAAUAUAUAUCACGAAGAGACAUUGAGGCGCGAAUUCAAUAGCUGAUCAUCAGCUGUCACGAUGUUCGAGGGCGCGGUCGCCGGGAUCCUCAACCGGCUGCUCGGCAAGUACGUCCAGGACUUGGAUACGGAGAACCUCAAUGUUGGCAUCUUCUCCGGAAAUGUCAACCUCACAGAUCUGAAGCUUAAGCCUGAGGCUUUGUACGAACUUGACUUACCAAUAGAUGUGAAAAUCGGUACUAUCGGUCGGAUAGGCCUACAGAUACCUUGGGCCGGUCUCUACACACAGCCUGUGGUCGUCCACAUCGAAGAUGUACUGGUCCUAGUAGGUCCAGCCAUAUCGAACAGUUAUUUUGAUCCUGAACGAGAGAAAAGGCUUACGAGAGCCGCCAAACGGAAAAUCUUACAAGAUCUUGAAGCUGAAAGUGACGUCCUAAAAGGUCCUCAGAACUUCUUCGGGCAUCUCUUCACAGCUAUUGUGAAUAAUCUCCAGAUUUAUGUCAGGAAUGUUCACGUGAGGUAUGAGGACUCCAUCAGCUCCAAAGACGGACCUCUCGCGUGUGGAUUGUGUCUACAGAGUUUAUCGAUCGAGACUACGAAUAGCAAAUGGAAACCAUCAGUGACCCCAGCGGACGCAUCAACAGUGUACCAGAUGAUGCGAAUAGAGUCCAUGUCAGCGUACUGGAACCCCACAGCGACGGCGCUGGACGACAACGAGACGGCGCACAUCACGCCCAUGCAGUACUAUAACUGGAAGCAUUACAUGCUGACUGGACUCGACAAGUUCUCCAUGCAUCAUGAGGACUUUGAGUUCCUGCUGAAACCAGUGACAUGCAAGGUGAAGGUCCUGAUCAACCGGUCGGGCGAGGCGCGCGUCCCUCGCCUCCUGCUCGACGCCGUGCUGCAGGACAGCGCGCUGCAGCUCUCGCGCCGGCAGUACUUGUCUAUCAACAACCUCAUGACUUCCUUCGCCAUGAUUAAGAUCAACAGGAAAUACCGACACCUUCACCCGGGAGUACCUCUGUCGAAAGACGUUAGGAAGUGGUGGAAAUACGCGUACAACGUGGUGGUGGAGCAGAGGGUGCGGCCUUACACCUGGCCGGCCAUCAAGAAGCACAGGGAGAACUACAAUGAGUACAAGAUGAUCUACAAAAGCACGCUGCGCAGCCCGAACGAUAUCGAGCUGAAGCUGGACCUGCAGAAGUGUGAGGACAGCUUGCCAAUUGUGUCUGUCAUCAUUGCGAGAGAACAGGCCAAGUUUGAAGUACUAGCUCAAGAACCUGAACGUAUAGAGGUAGUAGAAACUGAAUAUGACUGGUGGAAACCAACUAUAUCGCCUGAAGACAAUGACAUGGAUGAGGUGAAGACCCAUGUGGAGCUGUGCGUGAAGAGUGAGAGGAGCAAGACGCUGUGGAGCCAUCUCUCCAGCCCUGAGAAGAAGAAGGUCUGCGAGCUGAUCGGGUAUGUGGAGGGGGCGCCGCGGCCGGACAAGUCCAAACAGUAUAUUGAACAUAAAAUAAACUUGACGUUGGCUAAUUCCUCCAUAACGCUAAUGAAUAGAAACAAAGAAGUGCUUGUGGUGACCCUCACACAGUUCCUAGCGUCUCUGGAGACGCGACCUUCGGCUAAAGCCUACAAGCUGUCGGGGCGCGCGGAGAGCAUCGUGGUGGAGGGCGUGACGGCUGACGGCGAGCUGGUGCCGCUGCUGACGCCGGAGCGCGGCGCGGCGCCCACGUGCUGCAACCUGCUGGCGCUGGACCUGGAGAGGAACCCCGCCGCCGCGGAGGCGCACUACGCGCUCUGCUGUCUGGCCGAGCCCGUCGAGCUCGUCUAUGUCGAGCAUUCCUUCACGGAGCUAAUAAACUUCUUCCAAACCCACUCGAUGACUACGGACGAGCUGAAUGAUGAGAUCUCCUACGCCAUGCUCCGAGCUGGUGGUGCCAGCAAGUCCCUGCUAGCGUAUGCCAUCGCCAGGCGGAAGGUGUUCCACCUCAAUGUGGAUAUCAAGGGACCCUGCAUCGUCGUGCCUGAACAUGGAUGUGUACAUAAGUCUGGCCGAGUGAUGAUUCUGGACAUAACACGCAUUAUAGUAAAGUCGGAUCUCCAGCCUUCUAACUUGACUCUAGAAGAUGCCACCUGCAUGGAACUCGAGGAGAGGUUAUAUGAUAGACUGCAUGCUGAAUGUUCCUGUCAGAUCCUGUUCAGCGAGUGGACUGAGCCCUGGCGCGAGUGCCGCCGCCACGCGGACUCCGAACUGCAUCUCGUGCCCAAGAUCAAGAUGCAGGUCGUGUUCUCUAACAGCAUCAAGAAAGACUACCUGCUGCUACCACAAUACAAACUGAAUAUCUCCCUAUCGAGCUUCAAGCUGAACCUAUCGGACCGUAUAAUCGGCAACCUGCUGGACUUCAUCGACAACCUGCCGGUGCCCGUGCCCAACACGGUGCCGGUGUCCUUCAUAGACUCGGGCGACUUCGCGGAGUGCGACUGCGUGGCGCUAUACAUGGCCUUCGACAGGGUCACCGCCGACCCCGAGUACCGGGACCUCAUGAGCUUGAGGCAGAAGAUCGUAGCUGCCUACUUGAGCAGGACUAAGGCAGCAGAAACUAGCUGCGACAAAGAUGGUGACGAGUACAGUGACCAGGAGUCCCUGCGAUCAGACCUCCCGGUGGAGCAAAUAGACGACGACCCGACGGAGAUAUUCGCGAGGAAUGUCGAUUUACCAGGCUUCGAUGAUAACGUGUCGCCUAGCAACACCAUCAAUACUCUACUCAGGUUUAUUAUAGGCGAAAUCGUAAUCAACCUGUCUCGAACGGUCGACCAGGUGGAGAAGCCAUACGUGAUGUUGAGCAUUACGAAGGUGUGCCUGGACGUGGCUCUCAUGGAGUACGGCCCCGCCAUCCAGCUGUCCGUCAGCCAACUCCUGCUGACGGAUAAGCAGCAUCACAGCAGCACCGGACAGUAUCUGGAACUGAUUACCAGUUCUGAUGAACUCUUUAAUUUGUUGUAUCGAAAGGUCCGCGCGGACUGCCCGGAGUUCCGCUCGCACUUCCACUGCGUGGAGCAGGCGCUGGUGGGCGACGUGGGCGCGCUGUCGCUGCUGCUGCACGCCGACGCGCUGCCCGCGCUCGCCAAGUACCUGCAGGCCAUCGGCGACCAGAUCCAAGACACGCACCCAGUGAAUGAGAUGGCCGAGGCGAUGAUACCGAAGACGGAAACCUUGUGGUAUUAUCUAAUGAAUCCAGACGAAGACCCCCCUGUACCGCCUGGAGCUACCAAGUUCAGUUACUCUGUCAGAGCAUCAUCAAUAACUAUACGACUCUGCCACUUGGAGAGCUCCCUACUGGAGAUCCGGCUGGGCGCGCUGGAGAGUGACUGCGUGUUCAGAGCGGAGGACCGCAUGAUAUUCAAGCUGUACCUCAGCUCAUUACAUGUUGACGAUCUGGCCGAAGCUACUUUAUAUCCUAAGCUGGUGUGGCCGGACGAAGACAAGGUGCUGGAGAUGAAGUACGUCCGCGCGGCGCCGCGCGUGUACGGCGGCUGCGGCGGCGCGCGCCCGCCGCCCGCGCACGGCGAGCUGCGCCUGUACCUGGGCCGCCUGCACGUCGUGCUGCUCGCCUGCGUCAUGCAGCAUCUGCAGCAGCUGCUGGAGCCGCUGAUCCCGGUGUCGGUGGCGGGCACGGCGGCCGCGGUGGCCGAGCGCGCCGCUGAGAAACACGCGCGGACGCUGCGCUCCUGGACUACCAGGCUACAUCUAGCUAUCGAGAUACAUGCACCAGUGUUAUUGCUGCCACAAAAACCUUCGUCGCCAAACUUACUGGUCUUUAAUAUGGGCGACCUUCUGAUAGAGAAUUUCUUCAAGCAUUUGAUGACCUGCCAGGAGUGGUCGGGUGACAUGCAGAACACCAUCAUAGAUAACAUUCUGAUCAAGCUCGUCAACAUCACCUUCUCGAGGGCUGUCAUGACACUAGCUGGCACUUUGGAAGUCCAGGAGCCAAUCUUGGAGCCGGUGUCAGUGCGGUGUGACAUGAAGCGCGCGCUGUGCCGCGUCGGCGCGGGGCUGCUGGCCUGCGAGGCCGACGUGGUGCUGGCGCCCGUGCUGCUCAACGUGGGGCAGAAGGACCUCGCCACCCUGCUGGCCGUGUGGACCGACAACCUCAGCGAGGGACUCUACAUAGGAUCCUUUGUUCCAAGUUCUCCAAGCGAUGAAGCCUCCGAUGACGAGUCAGUCAGGAAUCUACAAGCUUUCAUGCUGCAGAUGGAGUACAGCUCUGAUGGUAGUUUGGAGAUGAAGGCCAGUCUCCAGAGCUUGCUCGUUGAAGAUAUUAGACCUGAUCCUGGCAUUGUUAUUAAGAGGAUCUUCCAGUCGCAGAGCGGCGCGGGCCCGGCGCACGCGUGCAUCCAGGUGGCGCGCGCGCCGCUGGUGGACGCCAGCCUGCGCGUGUCGGGCGCGGGCGCGCGCCACGCCGACGUGCGCGUGGACCGCACGCGCACCAACCUGGCGCUGCCCUUCCUGCUGCAGCUGGCGCGCACGCUGCUCGACGCCAUGCCCGGAGAGAAGACGAUGGAUGGAGGUGUGGUUAACCACGGCUACGUCGGGGAUGCUCACCCCUCCAAGUCUAACAACAACAGAUCCGGCCGCCUGCCCAGCUCAAGCGACUCUACCAGCGGAGCUUAUUCUUAUUCUGCAUCCACAUCAGUAUCAGAAGAACAGCCAGGUUUAUCAAUUUCGAUCCAGUUCCGACAACCCGAAAUCAUGUUCUUCACGGACCUCACAAAGACAGAAGGUCAUGCGCUGCUCCUCAGGACCGAACUCCUUAUCGACUAUUCAUAUCACUCCAACAGCGAGUCUUUCGUAGUCUCCCUAGCUGGUCUCCAGAUCAUGUCCAAGCUUCAAUCCAAGCUGAAGAACCUUCCUCCACAAUUGGUACUGAAACCGUGUGAUGUGGAGUUCUCGAAGACUUUCAAGAAUAUAGAGGAAGGGGUGAAAGUCCAACUGUCUGUAUCGGAAAUUGAAAUGCAUAUUGCUGCGACAACAGUACACACUGCUAUGGAUAUAAUCGAAGAAAUCACAACCGAACUAACGAUACCUGAUGAGAAGGAACCUUUCAACUUCGCGACUUACAAUCCGAAGUCUGAGAAACAGGAUGAAGAGUUGUGGUGUCCUAAGAAGCUAACGCCGUUGCCGCCCCUGACCCCCGAGGACCGGUACGCGCUGCCGACGUACCCCACUGCGAGGCCCACGGAGACCUUCGUGGCCAACGUGCCCUGUGUCAGGGUGCUGUUCGAGAUGGAACACACGAUUAGAGUUCCUGUUCUAAUGGUUAAGAUGAAGGGUGAAUUAAAUCUCCACGACUGGUCCCAGUACAUGCACGGAACAGCCUCCCUCAGCAUCCUGGCCUCCUGUUAUAACGAGCGUGUCGAUGCAUGGGAACCCAUCAUAGAGCCAGUGGUACAGAACGAGAACAUUUACAGACCUUGGGAGAUCACUGCAACGCUGUUCCAGUCUAAAGCCUACCCCAUGUCCUCCCGUCUGGACACCACACACCAGACUGAGACAGAAGCCGACUCAGUAGCAUCAGACCAAAGCAAGAAACCCAAAAAGAGGAAUGAAUUCGAAUCUGAAACUUCAGCCGACGAAUGCGACACUGACAAUGAAAUGACGUUUAUAAAGAAUCCCAAUGGACGGGAGAGCAAGCACUAUAAUGUGGACUUCAGUGCAGGACAUAUGUCAUUCUUGGGGCUUCUAGAUGGAGACGAGUCUGAUUCGGAGAACGAGAGCGGGCUGAUGGAUAAACUGGCCACAGCUAUAGGACAUCUGUUCACUGAUGACUCAAGCGCAGAAGAAAUGAGCAAUGACGAGGAUUCAUCAGCGCCUGAGCAUAGCGAGGUGGAAGCAGUUAGCGAUCAUGAUGAGAACGAGAAAGUGGUGACUUUUAUAGAUGGUGAAGCCAAAGGGAAGAAGGAAUCAGAGCAUAAGACUGUCACUUUACAGGAUCCUGUUCGCGAAGACAGUAUGGACUCAGGACUCGACACAGAGAACUCCUUAGACAAGCCUUGCACAUACAUAACGAUAGAAGCCCGGGAUAUGCUGAACGUCACGAUGACUCCAGCCGGCGCGAGGGCGCUGCUGGACUUGGCGGCUGCCUGCACCGACAGGACUGCCGUGGUCACCGCCAUUGUUACUGGAGAGAGUGGCUUGCUGCUCGUCAAUGAUAUAGGUCCUGGAUCUACAGUCCAUCUGAAAACAAAAGCGGAAACUGAUUUAGCUGGCAAUGAGCGAAUUAUUGCUAUCGCUGAUUAUGAUGUGGACACUAGUCGCCCAAGCACGCCAGGUUGUGAUACGUCAACCGGAGAUAUACUGGAUGAGCCUCCAACGAAACCUAAGUCUCAAGUGGAUGACGUAAGCGAAGAAUGGGACUGUUUCGAGGGCGGCUUCCCUGGCGGCAGCGUGUCGGGCGGCGCGGCGGGCGAGUGGUCCCCCGCGGCGCCGGCGCAGCCCCCCGCGCUGCGCACUAAGCUUACCGACAUGACCCUCACCGUGCGACUGCAUGAUCUCGAUCAUCUCACUAUACUGUGCCCUCAACGCAGCGUGUCAAAGCUACACGUCCUGCAUCCCAGCAAGAAUGCAACACGGUACUACAUCGCGGUGGAUCGUACCUCGAAAUAUAAUCAUAAGAAGAUAGUCGUCAGAUCUCCAUUACAGCUGCGUAACGAGACCUCCUACGCUCUGGAACUGUUCUACAAGAAGACCGACCUGCAAGCUAUAGGAGCAGAGCUGAUCGGGUCUCUCAUGAACCCAUUCGAUGACAAGAUGAGGCUCGCGGUCAUUGCCCCGCAGGAGACCUACAAUAUUCCUCUCUACAUCGCCUAUCAUUGCAAGCUGUUCCUGCUUCCUUCAAACUUUGAGAGUUACCAGACAGCCACCCAGGGCAUCUGGUGGAUGGAGCUGGCGAACGAUGUCGGCACGCCGCGCGACAUGAUCUGCCCCGCCAAGGCCGAGGAAGACACGAGGAUAUUCGCCAUGAGGAUACUGCCUGUUGAGGGUUGUCCGUCCCCCCGCGCGCACCGCUCCAUCCCCAACUACGUGCUGCGCGUGCUGCCGCCGCUGGCCGUGUACAACCGCCUGCCCUACGCGGCCGAGCUGGGCUGCGCGGGGGCCGCGCUGCGCGUGCGCGUGGAGGCGGGCGAGCGCGCGCACACCUACACGCUGGCGCUCACGCAGCCGCACCGCCUCACCAUACACAUGCACUACCUCGGCCUGCCCUGGACUGGCAGCUUCACGCUGUCACCAGAUACAACAGAGAAGAGCGUGACUAUGAGUAGCGAGUGCGAGUCGGAGGGCGGCAACCGUCAGGUGCAGGUGUGCGUGACGGUGGAGCGCAACGACUGCUGGGAGCUGUUCCUGCACGCGCAGCACUGGCUCAUCAACAAGACCGGCCUGCCGCUGCAGAUGAAGGGUGGUCAGUCAGACACGUGGUACGAGGUGACAGACGAGCCCCUGCUGUGGAGUCCGUCGGGGCGCGGGGCCCGGGGGGGCCGCGGGGCCCGCGUGCGCUUCCGCGCGCACCACUCGGCCUGGUCGCGCGCCGCGCGCCUGGCCGCCGCCGCGCCCGGCCUCGUCGUGUGCCCGCACACCGAGCGGAGGACCAACUACAGGCUGCUGCUCAAUGUGACCUUAUCAGAACUGUGCCCUCAGCUCACGAAAAUUGUAACCCUCCUCCCAUAUUUCCUCGUAUACAACGACACGAAGCGUCAUUUGCGUUUCAUGGAGGAGAACGAAGCGGCAGACUUAUGGAACGACCUAGCGCCACAGCAAUGUACGCCGUUCUGGCCGCAGACGGACUCCAUGUCGAUGCACUGCAAGUACAGGGACUCGACUGUCGUGUCGCAACACUUCCCGAUCACGAGGAAUCAUUUUACCGUGCUUAGGAUGGACAAGGGGUCAGCGAUAUGCGUGGAAGUAACGGGUGGUACGGACCGUCCGUUCACGAUCACCUUCAAGCCAUACACACAAGGGGACUCGCCAGUCCGCAUCGACAACCUGUGUGACGACCUGUUCCUCAAGCUGCACCAGGCCGACUCCGGCCAGGUGGCGCUGCUGUCGCCUUACCAGUCGAUGCUGUACACCUGGGACGAUCCCGCCAAGGAUAGGAAGCUGAUGUGGAAUAUUUACAACAAUAAGGGCAAAGGUUUUGUGGCAGAUUUCGCACAAGAUGGUUACGGCGAAGAAAAAGUGAGCUUCCAUUCAGUGAAGCACUCUACAUUGGUAGCGACGAGCAGCGUCACCUCCAAGCUGUCCUCCACACUGAAGAGACUCACACCGAAGUCUCCGGAGCCCUGCUCCUCCAGCAGCGACGACUCCGACAGCACAGACCUGCCCGAGACACACAGCAAGACCAAAAAGAUGAGAAAGGAUAAGGUCAUAGUCUACUGGAUCUCAUACAUGGAUGGAUACCAACGAGUCUUUGCUCUAGCACAGGACGAAAGACUCGCCUACCAGUACAGAAUGAGAAUCAACGCUGAAAGGAGUAAUUACGAAAUCUAUAUGUCUCUGUCUGGGAUUAGUUUGUCGGUUUGUGUGCAAACUCAUACGGGAGUCAAAGAGCUGGCGUAUGUUAGUUUGACUGAUUCGUUACCUAGAUGGGAGGUCAAUGUUAAUCAUAAGUGGAAGCAACUUUCUCCCGAUUUGACAUCUUGGAUCGAAGAAAAAUACCAAACGGAGCAGAAGAAGUGUCAGCUAAAAGAAUACAUUCAUUUGGAUUUGGAGAAGAUGCAGAUGACGAAACCAUUUUUCUCUGAACUACGAAGAACAUAUAACCCUGCCGUCUGGCUACAGCUGCGCAAGUCUGAUACCUUUACGUAUUGUCACCUCAAAUUCCAAAGGUUGCAGAUUGACAACCAGCUCCACGAAGCUGUGUUCCCUAGCGUGUUGUACCCAGCGGCGAUACCAGCUGAUAUCAGAUCGUCUAAAGGCCUAAACCCUUGCAUAGAGAUAGUAGCAUUAAAACAAUACCGACCGAGCUUAAACCAGGACAUAUACAAAUACGUAAAAGUUUUACUUCAGGAAUACUGCGUGAACUUAGACCGCGGUUUUGUCAAUUACGUCUUUGAUAUUUUGAAUCAUUGGAAGAUUCAGGAGAAGCCCGCUGUAAGGCUUCGGGCUGACUUGGCUUUAGUCCAUAUGCCUCUACCGAUUAUUGCAAUCAAGAGCCAGAUAAAUGCUCAGAAGAAUGUGCUGUUUGAGUUCGUUCACCUCUCUCCGGUAAAGCUGGUGCUGAGUCUGUCUUCUCGAGGCUAUUCAGCGGAGUCUAAUACAAGUCCUAGCAGGACUAGGUUCGGGAACAAGAGGGAGAAUCGGCCUAAACUGUUCAACAGCGAUCUGCUCGAAUAUUUGUUCAAUUCUUGGGGAUCGUCGCUGUGUGACAUGAAGGAUGUGGUUAUAAGGAUGUCGUACCUGGAGUUCCGCAACGCGCCCAUCACGGCGUCCACGCUGGUGGAGCAAGCCUCGCGCCACUACUGGACGCAGCUGGUGCAGCAGUUCUAUGUGCUCGUGCUCGGCCUCAACAUCCUCGGGAACCCCUACAGCCAUAUCGGAGACUUCUCCAAGGGACUGAAACAGUAUUACGAGCCUUGCCUGGGCUCCAUCGGCCGCAAGAUGUCGGAGAUGUCGUCCCGGCUGGAGGCGGGCGCGGCCGUGUUCCUGGGGCUGCGCGCCAGCCCCGCCAUGCGCGCCGCCACCAUGUUCCCCGACCUGCCGCGCCCGCACACGCCGCGAAGGAAGCCUGGUACGCACCACUUACCAGCUUUUUACCCGGGUGAAGUUCCACAAUUGAGUAACGACAUCCCGGAGAGCGUGGUGGAGAGCGACAGUAACAACCAGACCAGCAUAGCGCUGGCCCUCACCGCACUCGUGGCCAGACCCACAUUUGACGUGUGUCGCGAGGCGGCGCGCGCGUCGCUGUCGCGCCAGCUGAACGUGAGCAGCGCGGAGGCGGCGCUCAAGGCCUGCGUGGAGCGCAGCGGCGGCCGCCUGCUGGCGCGGCAUCGUCUGCCCCGACACUGCACGCCGCUAGAGGGUGUCCGCCCGUACUCCCAGCACGCGGCGCUGGGCCUGCAGCUGCUGACCCUGCUGGGGCGCGGCCACUACGCCGACACGGACGCCUACAUAGCGCACGCGCACCUCGGGCCCGCCUCCAACUGUACCCUGCUCGUCUCUACACAGCACAUAUUCAUGGUGCGCGCGAGCGGGACCAGCGGCUCGUGGCACAUCGAGUGGGCGGUCAAGCUGGACGACAUCAUCGGCUCCCCCAUCAUACGCGACGAUAAACUUGUACUUAAUAUUAAACAGGACGAGCUUGUAAAUUACUUCUCUACGGAUGAAAAGGUGAUAGAAAUCUCAGACCCCGAGGUACUGACCUGGCUGCAGUCUAAGAUAGAGUGUGCUCUAAUACUCGCCCUGGAGGACAAGCGGUGCACGACUGCCGAAUGAACUGCGUUACACUAAUGAACUGAUCUCUCCUGUGCAGGGUGUAAUAGAGAACUGUGCUUUUGUUUCAAUGGGAAGUCCCAUUGAAUUAGACUCACGAAUAACUUUCAAUAGCUUAACUAAGGAGGUUUGUCUCUGUCUCCGAUACUAGAUGACUUUUUUCUCUAAUGACGCGUUUAUAAGUAUGAAUGUCUGUGAGUUUCUUUAACGAUCCCUGCAGUACGAGAAGCGAAAAAAUUGCUGACAUUAUCAAAAUAGACUAAAAAUAUUAACAUGAGCCCUACUCGUACCACGUGCUAUUCGGGCUUCAGUUGCAACCAGUCUAGUAGACUGGCAUUAAAUAUGUCCUUACAUAACUAAGUAAAGCUUUACUGUCAACAAAUAAAAAAGAUCUCUAUCACAUCCUGUAUAAAAACCUAUCUACUGAAUUUAAAAUGAUUUAUACUAAAUAAAGUUUAAGACAACUUUUAAUACUUGAAUAUCUCUAUCUGUAUUUUAAACAAUUCAUUGUUUGGAAACAGAAAAUGUUUAACUUAGGCACAAUGCCCUCUGCCAAAAUGAAAUAGGUAUUUGUAUAAAAUAUUCAACACUUACAUAAUAUAUUAACAGGGAUAUUUAUAACUGUCAUUUUUCAAAUUGUUAAUUAAUCUUUAUCAUCGUUUUGGAUUAUGCAGGGGACAUAUCAGAAUAUCUGAGCCUGGUCUAUUUUGUAACGACAAUAAUUUAAAUUUGUACACUUCCUGACAUUUUAAUUGAGUCACCAUGAAAAUUGUACAAAAGAUAUUGUCAAUUUAAGUGAAGUACAUUUUAUGUACGAGGUAGAAUGCCCUAAAGACUAUAUAUAUUAUAUGAUGACAGUAAGUAUCUUAUACUGUUAAGAAAAAUGUAAGGUGACUCAAUUAUUAUGUUCAAAUGUGUAAUUUAUAAUAUAUUUUGAUCUCAAUAUCUAGUCAGCUUUUGCAUACACUUGUAUGUUUUAUAUUUAUAUUUUUGCAAUUAUGAUGUACUUUAUGAUAUCAGAAAUAAUUCUUAGCAAGUUGAAUAAUUUCUUGGCUGCUUGCUUCAUAAAGCAGUUAAGAGAAACACAGCUACAACACCGCCAUUAAUAACUUGGUUAUUAGAUAUCAGAAUAUCAUUUAAAGUAUUACAAUUGUAUUAAAAGGUGUAUCAAUAUAAUUAUCAAUUGGUGUGCAAACUUGUCGUAUUGGAUGUUGUAAAACAUUAGUCAAAUCGUGGACCAUAGCCAAGUAGUAAUAUGUCACAUUCACAUUUACAAGGUUGAUCGUCAACUCUUAAUAGUGACACAAGUCACGUCGUCGUCAAGUCGUUCGAGGUAUAACGACUCCAGAAGUUAGACGGAAAGCGCCAAGCCCAAAAAGAGAGGCCUAAGCCGUCGUACACCUAUACUCUCAAUUCUGAGUGUCAACUUAACUGCAGCGCUUGUUUAACCUCGGUCUAACCAGCCAUUUCAGGGCUCACGCUAGGAAGUGAAUUGCCAAGGAUCGCCCUUUUCGAAAACGAUAGGGAGGACUAUAUUAUAAUAGUGACUCACGACUUGUCCGAAUUUCCCUACCUUCUAUUUAUCUAUGGUCCAUGAGUAAAAUUUCUAAGUGUCGCCCUCUAGCGCAAAUUAUAAUAAACUGUGCAAUUUCAUUGCCUAAUUACUUUAGCAGUACUCACUUUAAUUGUUAUAGAUGUUAAAAGUAUUUUCAUAUAUGUAUAUGUUAUAUAUAUAUUUAUUUUCAGAUCUCUAGGCUUUAGUACGUAAUACUGUUAUUUGUUAAUAUAUAAAUAUAAUCAUUUGCUGUUAGUUGUAGGUAUUUAUAAGUUACCUACCAGUAUUCGGAUGUGCUUGUCCAUAUGGCGAGUGUCUAUGGUUCCGAUAGUUCUUGGUGUUCUAUGGAUAUUGUUUUAUGUACUGCAUGUAUUACAAUCAGGAAUAUUGUCGUUGUGCACAAAAGCUUCAGCCUCUACUGAGCAUUCCUUUGAGUUUAUUGGACAAGUCACAACACCUAACUUUACAUGACUGGCGUUUUUGUUCCGACUACUCGUCGAUGUUAAACAGUCUUACAACCACUGUUGGACAAAGGCGUGGGUUAUGAUGGAAAUAAUUUACAAUGAUCUAAAUGUAUACCUAUCACGGUCUAGGUGAGCCAGAACACAAGUGCAAAGAAAUCACGUUAUAUAACCAACAGCACCAUCAAUUUGUGGAAAACAUAAUGAUAAGAACUAUAGGAAUGCUUGGUAGAGUCUUUAAACAUUACUUAGGUUACAUUUAACAUAACAAAACUCAUAAAAAAGCUUAAAUGGACGCAUAUAAGAAACACAGUGCUUACAUCGAAGAUAAAUCAUUAAAAUAAAUGUUUUCUAAAUGGGAAUAAAUAAAAUGUGAUUCUGA